CAUUGAUUAAAAAAAAACUACUCUUGAACGUCUAUAUAAAUUACAAAUAUCUAAUUCGAGCCAAUUAAUUGAAAGAAAAGCAAUCAUGGGUUCUUCAAGGAUUGACUCGUCAUUGGUCAUGACAGAACAAAGAGAUGUUAAGCUUCACAUAGCUAUGUUUCCAUGGCUGGCCUUCGGUCACAUACUUCCAUACCUGGAGCUUGCUAAGCUUUUUGCUCAGAAGGGUCACCAUAUAUCUUUCUUAUCAACCCCAGGAAUCAUCCAACGCCUUCCAAAGCUCCCUCCAGACCUCUCACCAUUGAUAAACUUGGUCAAGCUUCCAUUGCCUUCUUCAGAGUAUAAUCUCCCAAACGACAGCGAAUCAACGUCGGACUUGCCCAGAGAAAAAGUUCCACUCCUCAAAAGUGCCUAUGAUGGUCUCCAAGACUCCCUCUUUGAUCUUCUCCAGUCUUCUAAACCAGACUGGCUUCUCUUCGACUUUAUGGCUUAUUGGGUACCCGACAAGGCCAGAAGUAUUAACAUCCGAAGCGCCUACUUCAGUAUAUUCAAUGCUGCCGCUUUGGGAUUUGUCGGUGCCGAGAUCCCUGAUAGCCGCACGGAACCGGAAGAUUUCGUCAUCCCACCCAAGUGGGUUCCCUUCCCCUCAAAGGUUGCGUUUCGGAAGUUUGAGAUUUCCAGAAUCAUCGACGACAUUAUUUCAGUUGGGUACCGCAUUGCCAAAUCGCUCAGAGGUUGCGACGUGGUGGCCGUUAGAAGCUGUUGGGAGUUGGAGUCAGAAUGGUUAAACCUCAUGGGACAUAUUCUCGGGAAACCCGUUCUUCCCAUCGGUCAACUUCCGCCGGAACCAUGUGUCGGCGAAGACGACGACAGCUGGAGGUCAAUCAAGGACUGGCUUGACGUCCAACCAAAACGCUCUGUCGUAUACGUAGCGUUUGGGAGCGAGGCCGUACCGAGUCAAGGUGAACUCAAUGAGAUAGCUCUUGGCUUAGAGCUAUGUGGGCUUCCUUUCUUCUGGGUCUUAAAGGCUGAUCUCAGUCCAGUGGAGCUUCCAACCAGGUUCGAGGGUCGAACUAGAGGACGUGGAAUAGUGCGGAGGAGUUGGGCUCCUCAGCUGAAGAUCUUGGGUCAUGACUCGGUUGGAGGAUUCUUGACUCACUCCGGGUGGAGUUCGGUGGUGGAAGCGCUUCAGUUUGGGAUACCACUUUUGUUGUUGCCGUUCACAAAUGAUCAAGGUUUGAAUGUGAGAGUUUUAGAGGAGAAAAUGAUUGGAUAUUCAGUGCCAAGAGAUGAAAACGACGGGUCGUUUACUAGAGAGUCAGUGUCCGAGUCGUUGAAAAUGGUGCUUGAGAAAGAAGAGGGGAAGCUUUACAGAGACAAGGCUAAAGAGAUGAGUCCGAUAUUUGGAGACAAGGGUGCACAGAGCAAGUACGUGGAUGAUUUUCUUGACUACCUUAAACCUCAUUGAAUUGUUCGAAUGAUCGUUAAGUGGAGAAAGCUUUUCUACAUGACCGGCCAAAAAAAAAAGUCAGUUGUGUAAGUCGCAUGUCAUAUAUAUCCAAGGGAGCAGAUGAAUCACGCUGGAAUUUUAGCACGAUACACAUUCCAUAUUGUCAUUGGUUAAAGCUUUUCAAAUGGCAUGUUGUUAUUUAUUUCUUAAAAAAUAUAUUUUCUUCUCAUUUU